CGAAAGCCCUCUGAAAGCGGAUUGGCCGCCCCACCGCUCCUCCUCACCUAAGAGCGGGUCCCCCGGGCUGCUCAGGCCCUAGAAGAGCUGCCCCUGCGGCGAGGGUGGGGGGUCCAACCGGCUCGCUCCUAGAAACGUAACAGCGGCGCGGCUUCACCGAGAUAUACGAUGGGAGGAAGGGGAAAGGUCCGGAUGGACGCGCCUGCGGGAUCAGCAGCCAUCCGUUGGAACGGAAAGCGACUGGCAAGAUGCCCUGAUGUUUGCCCUUCUUUGCAAAUACAAAGUCUAUCUGAGAUUGGCCGAUGUACAGGCAGUAGCUGUGAAGCCCCAAUAGGAGAAUGAGUGAGAGGGACAUCCGAAGCUUGAGCAAAGGGGUAUUGGUGCUCUCUCUCUGCCUUAUUACACUAUGGGGAAGGCUGACACUGGCCUCAUCACACCACAGAAGCCAUUCAGUGCACAUAGAGCCUGGCACAUGUGAAGUCAUUGCUGCCCACAGAUGCUGCAAUAAGAACAAGAUCGAAGAGCGCUCGCAAACAGUGAAAUGUUCCUGCUUUCCAGGUCAGGUGGCUGGGACUACACGGGCUGCUCCUUCAUGUGUAGAUGCUUCAAUUGUGCUUCAGAAGUGGUGGUGCCAAAUGCAGCCAUGUCUAGAAGGCGAAGAAUGUAAGGUGCUACCAGAUUUGUCUGGAUGGAGCUGCAGUACUGGAAACAAAGUGAAGACAACCAAGGUUACAAGGUAGACUUUGGAAGACCUACUCUUAUCAGAUAUGAUCUGCAUUGACACGGUCAGCUUCGCAAAAAUGGCACAACGUAGCCUUGGUUCCAGUGCAAGAUACUCCCUUAAUGCUCUUCAGAGCUGGGAACAGGGGAACUUCCUUGGCAAAGGAUAGAAUGCAAUUGUGGCACAGGAUGGCUAUUUUUAUGGGCACUUUAUUUUUCUUUCUCAAGUACAGCUGCCAAGGGGGUGGUGCCACAGUCUGCUCCCUCAUGGUAGAAGAGCACCGAGGAUUACAGAAAGGGUUAACAUACCUGUCUGGGCAGAGAUCGUGGAAAAAUUCCUUUGCUUUUGAAGUAUUGCAUCAACUACUGAUUCAGUGCAGCCUCUAAGGUAUAUAACCAUCAAUUGCUACUAAGUCUAUGGUUAUGGGUCUUGAAUGCGGUUACAAGAACUUCCUUCUCCACAUUUUCCUUCCAUAUUGUGGAUGUACCUGCAAGAAAAAUGCAUUUCUUCCCCUCCUGCUCAGUUAAAUAUUGGAAUUACUUAGAAUCUCGUGAUGGCUACAAAGAAAAAAAAGCAGCUUUCUUUCCUUCCUUUUAAUUCUCCUGUGCCUGUAGGCUGGUUAUGAUGAUUGCUAAGAGAAUCAAGGUGUUGAGUGGGUGUUGCAUUCACAGUUUAAAAUAAAAUUGGUGUUUUUACAAAAUCUUCCCAGUUUACGUUUUGUUGCCUUCACAGCAGAAAGGCUCUGAGUAAGGGUUCUAGAAGCAAAGAACCAAAUUCUGAUCUUGAGCUGUGUAAAACUAGAGGAACUCUGAGGAAGACCAGACUGUUGCUCCAAAAUUUUAUCUAGGUACCAACUUCAGAUUUUUUUUCUUAGAGUAUGGAAGAUUGACAGUAUUGAUAGCAGUUCAUUAGCACCAUGUUGGAAACACAAGAGAUGAGAAGAAAUAUAGAGAAUUCUGUUUGCUUUCCACAAGGAUUGAGAAAUAGUCUCUCCUGGUCUUUCUCCUUCUCUCCUGUUCUGACAUUACUAUGAUCAGGUUUAUAUUCUCAUGUCUUCUGUUCCUUUGAAGUCACAAGGAUAAAUUACUGUCAAACGUCCAUUGAAAAUAUUAUGAAGAGUGGUGUCCUCUUUUUCUUUGCUAUGUUGUGUCUGGUAUGGUCUGAAUUUUACUAGGAGUACUGUGACAGCUUAGUUACAUAUAGUAUUAAAUAAAGAUUUGUACCUGGCAGCUGUAAUGAGUGCAGAUCCCUCUCAGGGACCAAAGUAUUGAUCUUAAUAACCUGUUCCUCAAGACUAGAAGAGAUUAUAAGAACUAUGUUACAGUUCUCAGCUUAUGAUUUCAUUGCUUUUUCUUCUGAGGUGAAAUGUGGGGAAGGGCACAUUCACUGUGCUUCCAUGGGUUAGGAUACAGGUUUAGGAAGGCAUUUCUCCAAGGAGAAUAGAAUCAGCAGACAUGAAGAAAUGACAUAGCUAUGGUAAAUGCAUCUUGAACAUUGAUGUGCAGGAAACGUGGCACCCAGUGUAGAAAUGUAUAUUCAGACCCUAUUUAGCAUUUCAUGGCAGUUGGGAACAUCAGCAUUUCUGAUGAAGGGACAGGCAUUCUUUGGCAUGAGUCAUUGAGGACUGUUUUCCACUCCCCCAUAAUUAACAUCUGUAAACACGGUCCAUAUCUGUGUCUUCUUAUGGCUACCUUGAUUCAUGAAGGUCUGGUUUUUUUUUUUAACUUUGGGGUGGGGUUGGGAAUGAUUGCAUACCUUGCAAAGUAUAACCCAAAGUAAACAUCUAAUUUUAUCCAAAAAGAGACGGAUUUUAGGAGUACCCAGAGAGAAUGGAGUGGGCAAACAGCUGCGCCUUCAGAACUCUGCCCUGACCUAUCUGUUCCACAGUGGUCUGGCCUCCACGCUGUGACUGUACGGCCUGCUGACUUUGUUAUCUAAACGUUUUUUGUAACCAACUAUGUUAUACCUGCUUCGGAUGCGAUGUAAAUACCAGACUGUGAAAUAUUAAAGUUCGUUUUAAUCUCUGCAAGAUGAUCUGUUCUUUUAAAUAAGACAGUAUUUUUAGGCCAAGUAUGAAGAAAGGUUGUGUGCUUUCUGAAGUCAUCCUUGAGUGAAUGAAAAAGCAAUGGAGCAUUUUAUCACAUAUUAGAUGAGGACGGGGGUAAAGGAAUCUUCAUAAGAUGUUCUCAUUUAAAACCUACUUUUCUGUUGCAUUCUCUUCUGGCAAAAUACUGUUAGAUUUUACAUUUUCUCGAGAAUGAAAAGCUAGCACAAUGUCUACACUUUCUCUGCUUAUAUAGCUUCAGUGAAACUAUAUUACCUCUUUGGCCCUCUAGAUUUUACUCCUAGGUUCUCUCUAGAUUCAAGAACCUGGACUGUGUUCAUGUGUAGAAAAGGUUUGCAUAAUCUGGGAUUUUACCACCACCCUGAAACACUUUGUGAAAGACAUCACUGAUGUUAGGGAAAUUUGGGUAAAGUAUUAGGCAUUAAUUUCAUUAAUCUUUAAAGCAGCUGUUAAAGGGAUAUGAUGGACCCAGGAACAAUCAGGAGAUUGCCAAACACUGAAAUGCACAGAAGUACUUUAAGAGUAGCUAUAGAUUGAAGAUGUGUAGGUUUAUAGUACAUUAAAUCAUACAGGUGUGUUUUCUUUAAGUCUGCAAAGUAUCUGUAAAAGGUAUGUGUUUAAAGCUGUGGGGGGGCAUAGACAUUUUUUCCCAUUUGCUUUCAGCUAUAUUUCCCCAAGCAUAGGAGCCAGUCACAUCCUUCAUAAGGAUAGAUGAGUUACUAGUGGUUGAAUGAUUAAAUUGUUGCCCUGGGAAUUUUGAUUAAUUGGAAGGAAAUGUACCUAAGUCCUAAAGACAAUAGUAUUGAUAGCAGGCCUAAGCAGAAGGCAGAAGAAAAUGAAGCAUGAGAUGUACUAUGAAGCAUUCAUCAGAGAGGGGUGUGCAUUUGCUUUGGGUACAGCUUUAAUCCAGCACAGAAAUGGCCUGUUCUGAAGCUAUUCAGGCUUUUCCCAGCCAAACCAGGGCUUUGCUAAAACAGUUAGAAUAGGAAUAAUAGAUAGGACUGUUUUCCAAGUGUCUGGUCAGAAUAGAAAUUCUGACAGAGGACACAGUCAGGGUCAAGGCUCAUGUCUUGGGUACUCGCCUUACUCAGAAGUAAGGUAUUUUUUGUGAUUGACAGUUCUAGCUCCCAAUCAGGGGCUAACUUUACCAGGGUGCUUCCCUUCCCUUCUUAAAAGUUGCAACCACUGUGCCUUUGGGAUAGAUGUAGAAAGAUCAACUGAUUGGUUGUUGUCAGUUGAACAGAAAACAAAAACAAAUCCUCCAGCUGUUUGUCAUUCACCAUCGCCCUCCUAACUGCUGUACUCAUUAUUAUGAAUUUUACAUAUAUAAAGGUAUCUCUAAUAUGUUUGCUAUUUUCUUAUGAACUGGUCCCCAAAAAUCAUGGAAGCAGGACAGAGAACUGAAUCCUGUCAUCACUCCAAACUCUGUACAAGAUUCUUAGUAUUCCCUUGUCCACAAGCAUCGAAUUUGGGAAUAUUGGCUGCUAUCUAUGGAAUCUGAUUAUUGAUAUGUCUGGUACAGUGUGUACUUUGAAGGACAGCAGAUCAGGGUCCUUUCUGAAGAUUGAACCAAGGACCUUCUGUAUGUGAGAUAUAUGAUGUAUAGAUGAGUUAUACCUCUUGAGCCUAACUUUCCAGUUCUGAAAAAACAUGCUUUUAAAGUGGGGCACAUUGCAUGAUCUCCUUGUUUAAGCUGUGGCACCUGCCUAAUUACCUGGCCAGGCAUGACUUAUCAUCUGUACAUCUGCAGCAUGUCUUUUUGGAGAUAGAAACACCCUCAAAAAAUUCAACUGUCCAUGGAAUAUUAGAAGGUUGUUUCUUCAUCCAACAAACCCUGUUGCUUGAGUUCAGACAAGCUGUGCCUAGGGGUGCAAUUAGGAAAAAGGUACCUGGAAUGUGUUGCAGAUUAAACAAGCCAUUGUGUCUUCUUUGAGCCAUGGUGGUCACGAAAACUGGGCCAUAAUUCUGUGGAUGUGCACACACGCUCAGAACUAAAGUUAUUUGAGGAAAAGUUAUGGAGUAGAAACCUGAGAAGGUAUUUUAAUGGUUAGGGGAGAGCAAAGACAGAAUGCACCCAUGCUUCUGCUUAAGCACAAAUCUGGGAACUUCCUGAACCUUCAGCUUACACUUUGAACUAUGUAUUUCAGUGGUAUCUAAAAUCAGUCUUCCCAGAUUAGCAAUUAAAUGGCAUGACAAAAUUCCUGCUUUAAUUUUAACAUAAAAUUAAAAAUAACACCGGAAGAAUGAAUUCAGAUGAGUGACUCUGUUCCAUGAAUGGUGCUUACUUUAUAUGCAGCUAAAUGAUUAAUGUGAUUUUUUUAGUUUAGUAGUAAUUUCAGAACAGAAAUUGGAACAGAAUAUGAAGAUAAGGAAAUGCAAGGUGACUGUUCUCUUCUUGUUGCUGUUAAAAACAACUUGCCUACGAUAUCAAGGUCAUUUGGAUGAGAUCUGUUCAAUCAAUUGGCUUUGGAAGCAGUUGAUUCACUGCAUACAUGUAGCCACUGUGUAUAGUCUUUGCUACUUCGGGUAUGUAUUCUCUUCAGAAUAGUCUUGUUUUUUGUCUUCCCUUGUUACCUAUGGCCAGAGGUGAUAAUGGUGCUAAAUAUCUGAACAUUUUUGGGGUUGCAAUCUGAAUUAUUGGUUGCAUUCUCAUUUCAAUGAAUAUGUGUAUGUGCAUACACACACAUGCAUGGUUAAGUGCAUGCUUUUGUACUUAACCAGUUUUAAAGCAAUCUCCCCUUCCUCUCACUUCAACAUAGAUACUAAAGUGUUUUUGUAGGAUUUUUCUUAUAUUUGAAAGCAAUGCAAAAUGCAUAAAUCAGACUUGUUCACUGACAGCUCCAAAUCCUUAUAGAUCAUUAACAUCAGCAGUAGCAUCCAGAGGAUGUAUUUGGAAGCAAAGUAACCAGAUUUUAUUCAAUUGGCUGUAAAGCUUGUCCAGUUCCAAAUGUUUGAAAGUUUAAAAAUGAAUUAAAUAGUUAACAAAUUGUUGAACAAAUCCAGUUCUGGAGCAACUGCUACUAACCCAUGCACUCAUAGACUGCUACUGAAGGCUAUCACACCUCAGAUCUGAAAGAUCUGCAAUUUCCUGGUAAUCUUAGCACUUAAGCAAAUAUAUUAGAAUUAUUGUAAUUUACUCUAUGCAGGGAUACAAAAAGCAAAGCUAGUCCAAAAUGCUGUAGCCUCUUUACUAAUAAGUCUUAGUGCACACUAAAGCAUACUAAACUGGCCGGUUUGCAAUUGCUGAUUUUUUUCUUUCUUUCUUUCAGUGGAGCCUGAUUGGAGUUGUUUAUAAAUGCAUAUCCUUUCCUUACUUUCUGGACCCAGUUCAAACUGCUGUUUUUGCCUUCCUAAGCUCUCCACCUCUUGGCAUCUUGGGACCUGAUGGGACAUCUCUUUCUGUAUAUCCCUCUACAAACUUGCAGGUCAUCUGCCAAAGACUUUCUUCAAGUGCCCCCUCAUUCUGAAGCUCUUUCCAUGCUUUCCUCACCUCUAGAAUUCAAAGGCAGGCUCAUCUGGCAUCCACACUGCUAUCUCUUCAGUGCUGGGCUAAAGUUUAAACUUUUCUGUUUUUCAAGGUUUUUGAAAUGUUUUUAAAUGUUUUAAUGUAUUUUAACUUUUUUUCUAUUAUUUUACAUCAUUAUGCCACUCUGUUUUGUUUGUUUGGCUGCACCUUCCAAUACCUGCACACCUGACUAAGCAGGCUGGGACUGAUGGGCACAGUAGGCAAAAUCACCUGGAAGUCCACCAGUUGCAACCUGUUAUACCGGACACUGUAUUUUACACUGUUGCUACAUUUAUUAGUUCUCAAUUGUUGAUAUUCUUACAUGGUAGAAAUAAAUAAGAAUGAUGCUUACAUUGUAAAUCACCCAGAUACAAAUUUUUUAUGAGGAACUUAAUUCAAGAACCUUUGUUCUUUAAUCAGACUGGGUCUGCCAUAGGCAAGAGUCUGUAACCUCUCAGAUGGACUUGUCUGCUUUCCAUGAUCUUCUAGAAAGUCUUUACUUAGGGAGGGUCCAGUGUUUGAAGCAACAUCUGGUGAAGCCCAAGACAAAGCAUUUUUUAAAAGAGUGUGGUAGUUAUAAUUGGUCUCCUACCAACAUCCA